AUGGGGUGGCGCAUCACAAACCAAGCUAUGCUCCAGCAGCCUGACAUGCUGAGAGACGCCAUGCAUCGAGGAUGUUACAUGAUCGAAGCCUACAGAUGCCAAUUUCACAACAAAGAGAAGGAUAAAGAUCACAUUGUGAGUCACUCUUCACAUUCCUCCAAAGCAAUUUCUGUGCAAAACUUCUGUUUCUCCAGUGGGACUAGUACACAGAUUUUGGAAGAAAUGAAUGGAGUGCUAGACAGUUUGAGCUCCAUGGUGCUUGAUGCCAGUGAGCUGAUCGUCUUCUUGGAGAGCUAUCCCGCAUGUACCAUGGAGACAGAACUCAUCAUCAACUUCCUGCUGCACGGUGAGUCUGGUAGUACUGAAGAAUUGGAGGUCCUACCGAUUGUCGGUCCUGGAAGAGUUGGGAAAAGCACCCUUGUUGCCCAUGUGUGUAGGGAUGAAAGAAUCCGAAACCAUUUCUUGGAAAUCUUCUUCCUGCACAAACAUGAUUUUAUAGAUAGUGAGUAUCCUUUUUUCAAAGAAAGAUGUGGGAUGAAGCAUCAAAGUAGCUUGUCGAACUCGAAUAGUGAGAGGAGACUGUUAGUUGUUGAGUUAAUUGGGGAUCUCGAUGAAGAUACAUGGGAUAGGUUGUAUUCUGCUUUUAAAUGGAGCGUCCAUAGCAGUAGUAAAAUCAUAGUCACAAGUCGGUCUGACAAGAUCAUAAAGUUUGGAACAACAAGAGCACUAACUCUGAAGUAUCUAUCCCAUGAGGCAUAUUGGUAUUUCUUCAAGACACUUACAUUUGGAAGCCUGGAUCCCAAGACACAUCCAAGGCUUACAGGCAUAGCCAUGGAGAUAUCCAGGACACUGAAUGGUUCCCUCAUUGCUGCAAACGUCACUUCUCUUGUGCUGAGGGGCAACAUUGACAUCCGCUUCUGGUGCAAGGUUUUGGCAUUCUUGAGAGGGUCUUACCAGAAGCAUGUCUCCAGAUUUGGCGACCAUCCAAUCGAUCUUAUGAACCAAAAUAGGCCUGCACAUCUCGAGAGAAUUGCUGCACGCUCUGAAGAUUUCAUUGUUCAUUGUGAGCAUCAACGCUCUUCACAAGAGGAUGUUCCGGAGAUAAAACUCCACGAUCUUGUGUAUGGAGGCAUUAAGCCACAGGGAAAAUUUGAGGUCCUAGCAUGGAAAUCUGAGAUACCACCCUACUACAGCUAUGUUUAUGCUAGUGAAAUCCCAGAGCUAAAAACAAAAGCUGCCAAGAGGAAGCGUUGUAUGAAAAAUGAAGUCGUGCCUUGUUAG